CUGCUGGGUCUGCUGUGAUGCUCACACCUGAGUGCAGGCUGCAUCCGCUGUAUCUUCCCCAUGUGGAGGGGCCUUGGCACCAGCUGCCAUAGCGGAAUCUCUCACACUGAAGUCUGUGAAGACCAGCUCCAAGAACCACUGUCCUAAUGAGAGUGGCUUUGCUCCCUGGCACUUCCCAAAGUGCAAAGCUGUGGGGGACAGAACUCUGGAUGUGGCCUCAGGAAUCCAGCCCAGAAAACCAUCAUUAGUGGCCUGUACCAUGAGUAAAUGUUCCUUGAGACGUUAAGACAAGAGCUAAGAGGAAUUAGGAUACACCAGCUGCCUUUAACUGAGUACAUACUCUGUGCCAGGCACUAGGCUAAAACCUUUGAAUUCAUGACCUCUCUUAAUAUAACAGCCUGUUAAGGUAGAUGUUGGUCCCUUUUUACAGUUGGAUAACAUGAGGCGCAGAGAGGGGAAAUAACCAAGCUAAGUGGCAGAGCUGAGGCCACCGACCCCAGAGCUCACGUUCUGUCUGGCAUGAUGAUUGGACAUAGAACUUUUGAAAGGCUGUGUGUGACAGAGGCAGAUGGAAAAGUGAAGGCUGUGGUUCUAAAUCCCACAUUUACCAUGGCUUAGUUGUACAGACUGGAGAAAACAAGUUUGGCUCAAACUGACCCUUAUUCAAGAGGCAGAUUUAGGGGCAAGGCCUGGGCUUUACUGUUUCCUCCUCCCUGGCACUGCAGGGUGUCAUCUAGGAAGGGAGCCCCAAUGGCAAUGAAAUCAAGGCAGGGAACUUGGAGCCUGAAGUAUGUGGGGAAGGAGGAAGGGGCCGACAAGCUUCCUGCCUUGCCAGGAUGUUUGCAUUAUACAUGAGCCUCGGAUUUUUUUUUUGAGCCCCAAAUGCUCUAGUCAUUUCUUCUACCCUAAAUCUGUAAAGCCAGAGCUCUACCUGCUGCCUUUCUGAGUUGCUGGUGGAUAUCUAGCCCCAGUCAUGGAAUAAAUCCUAGAGGCUGAGUCAGAAAGAGCUCUGAACUGGUAGCUGCAGGCCCACUGUGACUUCUGUCCACAGUGGCUGGUUGUUAACAUUCCCCAUCACUGUCUUUGAGCUUUUGUUUUUUAUCAAGGUACCCAUACCUCUAAAGAUGCCUUUAUUUUACUCUCUGCUAUGUACAUCUUUAUUAGUUGCAAUUACCACUUUAAAGACCUCUGAGAAUACCAAAAGCCCCACUUGGCUGGGGCCACAUAAGUAAUUCCUUUACCUACCCUCUCUCCCCCAGCAGUUAUAUUCAAAGAACUGAUCCAUUCACUGGAAAUUGGAACCUCUCUGAGGGUCCAUCACUGAACUCAGUGCGGGGGCACAUGAAUAUGUGGAAAUACAUGACUGGGCUGGUCCUUUUAAAUUGUAUAGCCUGACGCCUUCAUUAGUUUUUAAGUGCCUGAAGGAGAGGCAGGAUGCCCCAGCCAGCGGGCACUGGACAGAGCCAAGGGGCCAGAGCUGCCUUUCUGCCUGCAAAAGUGUGCUGACCAGGAGGAGAGGCCUGAACCUGUCGUCUGUGUCUGGUGCUCAGGCGCAUGGUCUGCACUGAGACCAAGGGCAUCCAGUUGCUAACGCUUCAGCAGUUCAGCUAGUGGGAUCUCUGAACGACUUUCCUAGGAAUCCUAUGCUCGGGUUAGUCCUCCCAGCGCCACCACCGACCCCCCCCACCCCGCCCCUUCCCGAUUCCCAGCCCCUCCCUCCUCCCCCUCUAGGCCCACCACAGCGCUCCCCACCCCAACUCUUGUGUCUCAGCAACCCCUUCCCCCUUUUCUUCCUGCUGAUCCAGCGAGCCAGGCUUUCUCCUUCUCUGGUCUCUCCUCCUCCUCUCCCCCUUGAAUCCAGUCCUGGUUUCCCCGCCACCAGCCUCCCUUUUCUCUCGGGCUCGGCUCGCUCCCCGCCCCCGCCCCCGCCCCCGCCGCGCCCGUUGUCACCGCGGAGGGUUCAGCUCCUCGCCUUCCCCGCUCCCAGCCACCCGGGGCUUGGCUCGCCCAGUCCGGUGGCUCCAGUCCGGAUCUCGCUGCUGCCCGACCCGGGUACGAGUCCCAGCCGCUCCGGAGGAGGCGGCGGCUGGCCCCGGCUCCCCUCGGCCGCCUAGCCAGCCCAGGGUUGGCGGGGAGGGAGCAGCUGGGCAGCCCCCCAGAGCCCCUUGGAGGACAAUGCACCCAGCGCUCGGCAACCCCCGCUCGGUCUCGUCCUCGUCCGGCUCCUUCCCGCCGCCCCCCGCCGCCGCCCGGCUGCAGCCCCUUUUCCUCCGGGGGGGUUCCUUCCGCGACCGGAGAGGCUCGGGCGACAGCAGCACCAGCACCAGCACCAGCCGGGGGGGAGGCGGCGGCAGACGCGGCGGGGGCGGCGGCGGCGGCGGCUCCCGUUCCCCCAGCAGCAGCACCGGCGCCGAGAGAGAGGACGACGACGAGAGCAUCAGCAUCAGCAAGCCGCUGGUGCCAGCCACCGCCGCCGGGCUCCCGGGACCCCCGGCUCAGGGGGGCGCCCCAGCCGCCGACCCCGCGCCCGCCGCCUUCUCCUCCUCGGCCGCCACCUCCUCCUCCACCUCCACGCCCACCUCCUCCUGCAGCAUGACAGCCGCGGACUUUGGCGGGGGCGCGGCGGCCGGGGCCGUCGGGGGCCCCGGGGGCCGCUCGGCUGGGGGCGCGGGCGGCACCGGGACAGGCAGCGGCACCUCCUGCUGCUCGUGUUGCUGCUGCUGCGGUCGCCCGACCCGGUCGGGCCGUAGGAGUCGACGCCGCGGCUGCGCCCCCAGCCCGGGGUGCCGCUGGGGCUACCAGGCGCUGUCCGUGGUGCUGCUGCUGGCGCAGGGCGGUCUGCUGGACCUGUACCUCAUCGCCGUCACCGACCUGUACUGGUGCUCCUGGAUCGCCACUGACCUGGUGGUGGUGGUGGGCUGGGCCAUUUUCUUCGCCAAGAACAGCCGGGGCCGUCGGGGCGGCAUGGCGAGCGGCGCGCACAACCACCACCAGCACCACCACCACGCCGCGCCGCCCCUGCACCUGCCCGCCUCCUCCGCAGCCUCCGCCGGGGCUGCGGCAGGGGCCAAGGCGCGCAGCGGCCGCGGGGGCGCCGGUGGCCCGGGGGGCGGCCCGGGGGCUGUCGGGUCAGCGGGCGAGUUCGCCUUUGCCUACCUGGCCUGGCUCAUCUACUCCAUCGCCUUCACGCCCAAGGUGGUGCUCAUCCUGGGCACGUCCAUCCUGGACCUCAUAGAGCUGCGCGCGCCCUUCGGCACCACGGGCUUCCGCAUCACCAUGGCGCUGUCCGUGCCCUUGCUCUACAGCCUGGUGCGGGCCAUCAGCGAGGCUGGCGCCCCCCCUGGCUCGGCGGGACCCCUACUCUUGCAGCCCCAGCAGCACCGAGCCGCCGGCUGCUUCCUGGGCACGUGUCUGGACCUGCUCGACAGCUUCACCUUGGUGGAGCUGAUGCUGGAAGGCCGCGUGCCGCUACCCGCGCACCUGCGCUACCUGCUCAUCGCCAUCUACUUCCUCACCCUCUCCUCGCCGGUGCUCUGGCUUUACGAGCUCAACGCCGCAGCGGCAGCUUCGUCCUGGGGCCAGGCUUCAGGGCCGGGCAGCUGUAGCCGCCUUCUGCGACUGCUGGGUGGCUGCCUGGUGGACGUGCCCUUGUUGGCGCUGCGCUGCCUCCUGGUGGUGAGCUACCAGCAGCCCCUCUCCAUCUUCAUGCUCAAGAAUCUCUUCUUCCUAGGCUGCCGUGGCCUGGAAGCCCUAGAGGGCUGUUGGGACCGGGGGAGUCGGGCCUCCCCCAGUCGGGGGAGAGGGGGCUAUGGCGCUCCACCCUCUGCCCCACCGCCGCCGCCACCACCACCACCACCUCAGGGAGUCUCUCAGCUGGGCCACUGCAUCUCGGAGAAUGAGGGAGGAGCCCAUGGCUAUGUCAAUACCCUGGCAGUGGCCUCCCAGAAUUGAGGAGGGAUAAAGGAGAGGGGCUUACUUUGGGCUUGAGAGACCCCAGCCCCUUAUUCUCUGACCUUCUCUCACCCAGAUUUGAUCAGGCUCCAUUUGGAAAAGGUAACUGUCAGUAGGGCUAAGGGCCAGUGUGUCCUUCUGCACCCUGUGAGUCAAGACUGCUUGGAGGGAGACCAGCCGCUAAUGAUGAAGGAGGAAGGUCCACUUACUCGAUUCUCCCUUCUCCAUAUCCUACUCUAAUCUAGCCUCCAGGGGGCUGGAUACCUCUGCUUCUUGCUUUUCCCACUGCCAUCCUAAUUCCUGUCCAUUGUGGGGGAGCAUGGAGUAAAGGUGGUGCCCAGGCAGGGGGUGCUGGGCCUUAAGCCUUCCCUCUUGCUUGGAAGUGCCAGCUUCUUAUAGGCUGUGGUUAGUGGUCACUGUCCCAUGCCUUGAAACUGACCCGGAAUCCACUGUUCCCCUGAUGUGUCUAUUGGAUUUUUUUCCCCCAGAUAGUAGAUGCAAAGUCUGUGUUUGUCUCUGUGUGUAUAGUGUUGUUUUCUUGUGUCCACACUGUGACCCCUUGCAAUCAGUAGAUCUGGGAGGCCCUGCCCUCCCCACCACACAUAUGACCACUCUCCUCAUUGCUACCUGAAUUUGUGGCCCUGAAUUCCCAGAAAGAGCUGGGCUCCUGGGAGUUGCCCAGUUGCUCUCCUCCGAGGGAGAAGCUCACCCAGGACCUUCCUCAAUUCUACUCCUCUCUUCUCAGCUUGGGGAGGAGAGGGUCCCUACUCUAAGGACCAAACCACACCCUUUCUUGGGUGAGUGAGCAUUUCUACCUCCGUGCUUUCAACUUUUGUAGCAUCAUGUGCUGAUGCUGCUUGCAAAAAAUAAAGGCAAAAUACUCAGAAGUUGCAUUCAAUAUGGCCACUGGAUCCAGCUGGGGUUUGGUGCCAGUCUUAUUACAGGGUCUGUGGAGUAUCAGCCAUUGGCUUGCUCUCCCUGUCUCCUUCCCUUUGCACCUGGAACUCUUAUCCUUCCUGAGGUUUGUUGCUGACUGAGUCAGAUCUUGGCUCAGAACAAAAGCUUUGGUGGGGUUCCUGGAUAGAUGUGAAGUUGGGGCUCCCUCUUCCUCGGCUCAAGGAAAUCCAAUUCCCCAUCUGUCCUUCCUCUAGGAAGCCUGGUGUGUAUCAGAAAAUGUGGUGAUGACCUUCGUCCUCGGCUCUGGUUAAGAGAAUUUCUACGGAGAAGGCUGGGCAAAUCUUACCUCCGCCCUGCCUUCCUCCCUAGUAUUCUCGCUGAGGUUGAUGAUGAGGGACACCCAGGGGUUGCCCACUUAUACUCUCUACGUGGGACCUCACUCUUGGAAUCUUUGAGGCAGGAUAAGUGUUUUUAGGGGAGGUAAGAGUGCAGGAGGGCAGCUGGCAGCAAGGCCAGGAAAUACUCAUUUUCUUCCACCCCAAAAUAAGAUGGGGUGGUGCUAUAAGAAUUUUUGUUUUCCCCUCCCCAACUUCUUAUGCUUGAGAAGUCUUGUGUGGUUUAAUGAACCCUGGACAAAAGACUAGAAGUCACGGACUAUAGUUUUGACUCUGUCACUCACUAGCUUUGAGUGACAUGUCACUUGCUUUCUGAGCCUCAGUUUUUCACUUGGGGCCCUUCUCUCUCAACUUCUUGGAAGUUUGUUGACAGAAGACAUCUGUCCAUGUAGACAGAGAGAGAGACAGAGAGGCUGAUGGCUUGAGCAGAGAGUUCUGAACCUCCCCUACUGUCACAGUGGGGGACGAUGGAGGAAAAAUGUUUACACUCAAUGUAUUAUCUGUGUUCCCAGCCCCUCACCCUACCAGGUCCAAUAUUAGCUAGUUGGAUUUUACAACGAAUCUUUUUUUUUCUGCCUUCUCCCCCUACCCCCUCUUACCCCAAUCCUCUCCCUUUAAAUUCCCUGUGCUUGAAGUUCUGGGCCCAGACCCUGGGUGGGCCCCCAUGGCUGCUCCCUGGGUCCCCAUAUCCUCUCUCCAGCUUUGCUCUCUCUGCUACCUAAUCUCAGUGACUGUGAAAGGGCUCUGUGUCUGAGCCAUGGCCAGCCCCUGGCUGGCCCCUGCCCCACCCCUCUCUCCUGUUUGGAUGGUGGUCUCCCGCUGAAUGACUGUAAAAUCUGAGUGCUGUUGAGUUUUCUGUGGGAGGCUGUGAUAGGUUCCAAUGAGCUACCACUUCCCGAGAUAUGACAAGAGAUUUAUGGCACCUGGGCCAAUUCUGGCAGAGGCCAGGCCUGCUCAGGCUCUGUCUGCUGCCCCCCCCCCCCCCCCCCCCCCGGACAUUCUCUUUCAAACAUCUGGUGCAAGCACUUUGUGCUCAGGGGUCAACCCCUUCCUUCUGGUGUUUCUUUCUUGAGUCCUUUUACUUUCUUUCCUUGCCCCACGCUCAACAAGAAAAAACCCCUAAAGUUUCAUUUUUCUUGCUUUCUAGGGGCAUCUUUAGUGGGGGGGUCAAACUGGAGAUGUUUCCCGUGGGUCUAAAUAAAGAUAAGGUGCACUGUCUCCUGAGGCUUGUGCUGGCAGUAUAGUUCACAGAAAAGUACUCUGGGUUCAGAAUUCAGACUGCCUCUAACAUUUGUGCAAGUAAGGCAUGCUCUUGAUCUGAGCCUCUGACUCCAUAUCUGUUUUAAAAGGGGGUUGGACUAGACCCUCUGUAAAGGCUGUUCUGCUAUAAUGUGCCCUGGUUCUGGUUCUAUGUGUCUUUGUGGAGGAGAGCUGGCUGGUAGAGCCUGGAAGAAGGGAAGCGGCAGCUCACUAGCAUUUAUCACGUUUUUUCCCCUUUCUCUUUUUAAAAAUAAAACCAGCCUCUGUUCUGAAAAUAAAAAAAAAAAAAGCCUUGAGACUUGUGAUAAGCUUCCUGUGUGGUUUGUUUAAGAUCUUUCCUGUCCUGGUUUCCUUACUAAAUUCUUAAAUGUCACUGUGACAUUUGUCAUUUUAUAGGCUUAUGUUAACAUCGUGGG